AUCAGAGCACUAGGUGACAACAAGAUUUUGCUGUGGCUUGUGACAGCAAGGCUUUGCUGCAAUUGAGACUCAAAACAUGGCUGAUGGAGACUCCACAACAAAGGUCACCUCUCGAAAGACAGGGGGAGCAAAGGAAACUUUGAAAACAACAGGUAUACUCUAUCCUAUUUCUAACCAUCUAUCAUAUGAAUCUUUCUCACCAAAUCACAUAACCUUACUUGCGGCCAUCACUUCCAAUGAUGAGCCUCGUUCAUUUUUGCAGGCCAUUAAGAAUGAAAAGUGGAGAGAAGCAAUAAGGAAAGAGAUCACUGCCCUUGAGAAGAAUGGCACUUGGACACUUGAGGGUUUACCUCCCGAUAAACAAGCUAUUGAUUCGAAAUGGGUCUACAAGAUUAAGUACAAACCAGAUGGUUCGAUCGAACACUAUAAGGCAAGACUUAUGGCCAAAGGUUUUACACAAAUUGAAGGCUUGGACUACCAUGAAACAUUCGCCCCUGUUGCAAAGAUGGUGACCGUAAGAGUACUUCUGGCACUUGCUUCCAUUAGCUUCAUUGCAGUUUUAAUAUACGUGGAUGACAUCAUUAUCAUUGGCAAUGAUACCACAAGAAUCAACGCUCUAAAGAAGUAUCUGCACAUAAAGUUCUCCAUAAAAGAUCUUGGGCCUUUGAAAUACUUCUUUGGAAUUGAGGUGGUAUGUACCACUGAAGGAAUUAUCUUAAGUCAAAGAACAUAUGCCCUUGACAUCCUCACUGAAACAGGGACUAUUGGAGCUCGGCCAAGCCCUUUUCCUAUGGAGCAGCAUCACCAAUUACAUUCUACCACAGGGCCACUUCUUUCGAAUCCUACUCAAUAUUGAAGAUUGGUGGGGCGUCUCUUAUAUUUGAUAAUCACAAGACCAGAUAUCUGUUAUUUUAUGAGCAUACUUACACAAUUUAUGCAAAACCCAAGGCAAGAGCAUCAUGAAGCAACCAUGAGAGUAUUACGAUACAUCAAGACCUCACCUGGACAGG